AUGUUCAAAGUAAAAUGGCAAUCAAUUUCUCAAUAUGGGAUGAGUGUGUCAUCCACAUCCUCUACUUCGUCGGGGCGAUGGACGAAGCGGAAGCCUACACUCACAAGCCUGUCCUAUGCGGGUUCGAAAGAGAAAACCGUCGCCUGGACGCUAUUCAUUAUCUGCGGAAGUACUGCGAUCAGAGCCGGUGGGAUGAGCCUCACAGAAGAAUACUAUCUUCUGUGGGUAGGCCUUGCGUUCAACACGCAAAACAUGGCUGUCAACUAUGAUCCCUCGGGGAGUGUCAAGUGCAUGGAUGUACUUUUGUGGCAAGUCCGCUGA